AUGUACGAAUUGCAAGACAAGCUUGCGAAGCUUCGAAUCGAUCCCCUAUUGAACAUCAGCUCAAGAAAUCGAGGUUAUCACAACAAUGUUUUUUUAAUGACAUACUCCGAAGAGAAUGAGAACGACAAUAAUUAUAACGAGUAUCGGUUAUCACCACCUUUUCCAUUCCGAUACGAAAGUCCGAUAUGCUCCAGUUCUCUAAGUAUCACAGAUGUUACGUACGGCUCUAGCAAUAACAAUGAAAUCAUUAGUAACUAUGAUGAACAGAAUUACGAUGAUGAGGAAGAUGAGAGCCCAAAGAAAGGGCUCUUGAAGCAAAUGUUUUGCCUUCCAUUAAAUUAAGCUAAUUAAGGGCUUGUUUAAUAUUACAACAUUGCCUCUAAUCAAUAGUUAAUAUAAAUUUUGUAGGUUGCAAGAGAUUUGAAAUCUAUAACGAAGUUAAAGUUUACUGAAUCCUUGUAUUAAGUAUUGGAAAAUGAAAAGUAUUUAAUUUGCGCUAUAAUAAUUAUA